AUAUAUAUAUAUAUAUAUAUAUAAACUUAUUCUCAGUUGACUGAUGCACCAUUUUAAUGCGUAUUGAUUGAUAAAAUGAUUUACCUGUUGGCAAUUACAUUCCUCUGGUUGAUACAUUCGCUAGAAGCUACUCCUUUAAAUGUGACCACCAUUACACUGCCCACUUUAACGUUACCUUAUUUUAAUCUGUCUCCACCCGUUGCAGGAUUGUUAGGCUUCGCCCUGAAAGUAUUGAAUUUGGGAUGUGUAAUCGGAAAAAUAUGAUAAAAGAGAAUUCACACUACAAUGAAAGAAAUCUUUGCCAGCCAGCUCUCGAAAAUCUUCCCAGUGGCUUACUGAAUGAUGAAAUAGUUCCAUGUUCCUUUGAGUAGUAAUGAUCAAUGAGCACCACUAAAUGAGAUACUCAUCUAUGACAUUAUCUGUUUGCGUCAUUAUUUCGAACAUCAAUGGGAGUUAGAACUGAUGCAAAAAUGGAUUACGUCUAAUUGGCUGAAUGCUAUACAAUUUCUCCAGGAAUCAGAAUCUUCAGGAUAACCUGAAAAUGCUGGACGCGAUCCUUACUGCCAUCGUAGAUGCCUACAUCUGAAGAGUCCUGAACAAAGAUUUACAGCGCUUCCCUUACUGAACUCAGCAGUUUGUAACAGAAAUUGAAAUUUUAGAGAGUCUACCAUCCUGGAAAUCCUCAAAUGUGAGAAGGAGAGGUGACAAAAAUUCUGAUCUUUACCACUGACACGUUGUUCACAUUACUGGUUCUACAUGGUAUUUGUGCUGAAUGAGUCUAACGUUUACUUUAAUUUGUUUCUACUUUCUCAGGGACCUAACUAGUGGAAAUAUGUUUGUGGGAAUUAAAUAACAGCGAUAAGAGGCGUAGUUAUCUCGUUAAUUAUAUCAUCCAAAUGCUGAACAGAAUGAGAGAAUGUUGAAAGACGCUGAAUCAUCUUCAGUAAACUGGUACACUUUGUUCUUGUGCUAUACAGUGAAACAGAUGACUUGAAAUUCAUUUUUCUAUAACUUUGUUUUUGCGAAAUCAUAAUUUGUACUGUUAAUUUUCAUUAAAAAGUGACCUUCACAAAAAUAUUUACCAGAAAAUGUCAAUAUAAUCUGAGUUUCUUCUUGUGACAUUAUUUCGACCUUUUUUGUCCUAUUGCAUUUUUAUAGAAAUACUAAAGACAGUGAUCUUUACACCUAUGACAAAUUUGUAUACUUGUAAAUUCAUUCAACAGGAUGGUUUGUCAAAUAUUUUUCAGCUAUCUGAAGCUUUCCUUUAUUCGCCACAUGAAUCUUAGUCCCUCUAGGUAAUAUCAUAUGAGUUAACAUAUAAGUGUAUGAUUCUGACAUUGUGGUGGGAUGUAACUCUAUUUUACCUUGUUAAUUUAUUUUAUAUAUCACACAGUGAUCUAGGUGUAACAGAACUUUCAGGAUGUCUGUAUCAGGUG